AUGGUUGCUCAGUUAAUCGAUGGUAAGGCUAUUGCUUUACAGGUUCGUACCAAAAUUCAUGCAGAAAUUGACCAAAUUCAAUCCCAACAUAAGGAUUUCAAGCCAACAUUGACUAUUAUUCAAGUUGGUUCUAGAGCCGAUUCUUCUACAUAUGUUAGAAUGAAAUUAAAGGCAGCAGAAGAGGCGUCCGUUGAGUGUAAUAUUAUCAAUUUACCAGAAACAAUCACUCAAUUUGAAUUAAUAAAUCAAAUUCAAAAAUUGAAUGAGUCACAAUCUGUCGAUGGUAUUUUAGUUCAAUUACCUAUCCCAGAUCAUUUAGAUGAAGCUGUUGUUACUAGUGCAGUUUUGGCAGAUAAAGAUGUUGAUGGAUUUGGUCCAUUCAAUGCUGGUGAAUUAAGCAAGAAAGGUGGUAACCCACAUUACUUACCAUGUACCCCUAAAGGUAUUAUGGAAUUAUUAGCCCAAUCCCAAGUUCAAAUCGCAGGAGCUAAUGCCGUCGUAUUAGGUAGAUCUGACAUUGUUGGUAAACCAAUUGCCAACUUGUUGACCAGAGCUAAUGCUACCGUUACCACUUUGCAUUCCCAAACUCCUCAAAACCAAGUCGAAGCUUUCUUAUCGCACGCUGACAUUGUUGUUGCGGCUAUAGGUAAAGCAGGUUUUGUCAGAGGUGAAUGGUUAAAGGAAGGCGCUGUUGUUAUUGAUGUUGGAACCAACUUCAUUUCAGAUGCUUCAAAGAAGUCCGGUUCUAGAAUGGUUGGUGACUGUGAUUUUGAAUCAUGUUCCGCAAAGGCAUCUAAAUUGACUCCAGUUCCAGGUGGUGUUGGCCCAAUGACUGUUGCAACUUUGUUGGACAACGUUAUUAUUGCUGCCAAGAAACACUAUGCCAAAAACAAUGAAACUCCAAAGUUCACCAACCCAUUGAAAUUGAACUUACAAACGCCAGUUCCUUCUGAUUACGAAAUUUCAAGAGCUCAGCAACCUAAAAAGAUCGAUGAAGUUGCUUAUGAAGCCGGUAUCUUAGACAACGAAUUAGAAUUGUUUGGUUCUUACAAGGCUAAGGUUUCCUUAGAUAUUUUGAAGCGUUUAGAAAACAAGAAAAAUGGUAAAUAUGUCUUAGUCACGGGUAUUACUCCAACUCCAUUAGGUGAAGGAAAGUCUACAACCACUGUUGGUUUAGCUCAAGCCUUAGGUGCGCAUUUGAACAAAAACGUCUUUGCCAAUGUGAGACAACCAUCUAUGGGUCCAACUUUCGGAAUUAAAGGUGGUGCUGCUGGUGGUGGUUACUCUCAAGUUAUUCCUAUGGAUGAAUUUAAUAUGCACGUUACUGGUGAUAUUCAUGCUAUUUCUAUGGCCAAUAACUUAUUAGCUGCUGCAAUUGACACAAGAAUGUUCCAUGAAAACACUCAAAAGGACGGUCCAUUAUACAAAAGAUUGGUUCCAGCCAAGAAGGGUUCUAGAAAAUUCCCAACCUGUAUGUUAAAAAGAUUAGAAAAGUUAGGUAUCAAUAAGACUGAUCCAAAUGAAUUAACUGAAGAAGAAGUUGCUCAAUUUGUUAGAUUAGACAUUGAUCCUGAUACCAUUACUUGGAGAAGAGUUGUUGACUGUAACGAUAGAUUCUUGAGAGGUGUUACCAUUGGUGAAGCACCAACUGAAAGAGGUAUGACCAGACAAACUGGUUUCGACAUUUCAGUUGCAUCUGAAUGUAUGGCCAUUUUAGCAUUAGCCAAUUCCUUACAAGAUUUACGUGAAAGAUUAGGUAAUAUGGUUAUUGCUUCGUCUAAGGCUGGUGUUCCAAUCACUUGUGAAGACAUCGGUUGUGCUGGUGCUUUGACUGCAUUAUUGAAAGAUGCAAUUAAACCAAAUAUUAUGCAAACCUUAGAAGGUACUCCUGUCUUCGUCCACGCUGGUCCUUUUGCUAAUAUUUCAAUUGGUGCUUCUUCUAUUUUAGCUGAUAAGAUGGCAUUGAAAUUGGCAGGUACUUCUCCAAGCUUAUCUCCAGAGGAAAGAAAAGAACAAGAAGGUUACGUUGUCACCGAAGCCGGUUUCGAUUUCACAAUGGGCGGUGAAAGAUUCAUCAAUAUUAAAUGUCGUUCAUCAGGUUUAGUUCCAGACUGUAUUGUUAUUGUUGCUACUGUUCGUGCCUUGAAGGUUCAUGGUGGUGGUCCAGAAGUUAAAGCCGGCGCUGCAUUGGCUCCAGAAUACACUCAAGAGAACGUUGAGUUAUUGAGAACCGGUUGUUCCAACUUGGCCAAGCAUAUUUCUAAUGCCAAGGCAUAUGGUUUACCAGUCGUUGUUGCUAUCAAUAAGAUGUCUUCAGACACUGAUAGCGAACACGAAGUUAUCAAGGAAGAAUCAUUAAAGGCUGGUGCUGUUGAUGCUAUCGUCUCCAACCAUUGGGAAGAAGGUGGUAAGGGUGCUGUUGAAUUAGGUCAAGGUAUUAUUGAAGCCUGUAACUCUCAAGACAAGCAUUUCAAGUUCUUGUAUGAAUCUGAAAAAUCAGUUGAAGAUAAAAUCAGUGCCAUUGCUAAGGAAAUGUACGGAGCCGGUGAAGUCGAAUUUUUGCCAGAAGCCCAAAAGAAGAUCGAAACCUACACCAAGCAAGGGUUCGGUAAUUUACCAAUCUGUAUUGCAAAAACUCAAUACUCGUUAUCUCAUGAUGCGGCCUUAAAGGGUGUUCCAACUGGUUUCAAAUUCCCUAUUAGAGAUGUCAGGGCUUCCAUUGGUGCUGGUUAUUUAUACGCAUUAGCUGCUGAGAUCCAGACAAUUCCUGGUUUACCUACUCACUGUGGUUUCAUGAACGUCGAGGUCAAUGAUGAUGGUGAAAUCGAAGGUUUAUUCUAG